GUAGGCUUGGAGAACGCUGCAGGUGAGCCCGUGGGCCCAAUGGGUACUCCGGAGGCCCCCUUGUCCCCUGCCGCGUGGUCGGUGCCUCGCUAUCCACUUCCGGUGAGGAAGGGAGCGCGUUCUGGGACGUGGUCAGGCACCAUGUUCCUCACCGCGCUCCUCUGCCGCGGUCGCAUCCCGGGCCGGCAGUGGAUCGGGAAGCACCGGCGGCCGCGGUGGGUGUCCAUUUUAGCGAAGGAGAACAUGGUCCGUCGCCUGGAGGUGGAGGCCGAGAACCACUACUGGCUGAGUAUGCCCUACUUGACAGCGGAGCAGGAGUACGGCCACGCCGCGGAACGCAGGGCCCAGGCUUUCGAGGCCAUCAAGGCGGCCACCACUUCCAAGUUCCCCCCACAUAGAUAUGUUGCUGACCAGCUCAACCAUCUCAACGUUACCAAGAAAUGGUCCUAACUCGGAGCCAUCACCAAUCAAGUUUGAAAACACUGCGGUCCUGAAGCUGAAAUCACUGUAAUUUUUAUAAUACCAUGACCCCCUUAGACCAGAGUUUCAUUAAAACAAACAUGAUCGUAGUAGUUUCCUAUAAAAUGUUUGGGGCUCUAUCCACGUAUUUUGGUUCAUGCACACUAUGGCAGAGGCCAGAGAAUCUUUGCUAGUGCAAGGACAACCUCAAAAAAGCCGCAAAUAGAACAUUUGGGGUUCUAACUACUCUGGAACAUGUUAAUUGCUGAUCUGUUGUUUUUUGUUGUUUUCUGGUCUCAACCUUGCAGCAACCCUGCCUCUUGUCUCCAAGUGCUGUAAUUACAUGCAUGGACUAUGAAACUUUUGUUUAAUGAAAGUUUGAUGAAAACAAUAAACUGAUGGGAGGCUUUAUUA